AAUUAGGACGGAGAAGAACUAAGGAGGGUAAAUCGGGCAAAUAAAUUUACGGACAGCAACACAAUCCCUUUACCUUUGUGUCGUCUCUUCCAUCUCAUUUCUCAUCCGUUCUCUCGAAAAAUCCUCUGGGCAGUCUCCCCCGCGGAUUUCUACUCCAUAGAUUCUCUCUCUAGCCUUCAUUUUCUUUCUCUCUCUAAACUCAAUUGUAUGGUACCACUAACUUUUCCCUUUAUAUUUUCUCACCAUUUCUUCCUCGAUGUGUAACCCAAUUCCUGUUUUCAUUUCCAGCCUGUAGACCCAGAUUUGGGCUGUCUCUUGAUGAUGGCAAAUUUCUGGGUUCGCUUCCAAGAAUCUUAUUGAUCCGUCUUUAUAUCCGAUUGUACCCUUUCUCAAUAAGAGACAGGCUUCACUUUUUUUUCAUUCAGGGUUGGAGGGGGGGGAGUGCCGAGGGAUAUUUUGAUUUCCCCUUUUUCUUGAUUCAAGAAUUGGUUUUUUUUUGAAAAAAAGGGCUUUGUUUAUCUUUAUUUUUGAAGGGAAAAAACGUGAAUUCGGGCAAUUUGUUUAUAGAUAGCUGGACUUUUUCCUGGAUCUGAGGGUGGUUGUUGCAAGAUUUGUGCUUUGGGAUGACAUCCUUGUUGUAAUGUGAAAUUGGGUCGAGGGGGGAAUCGGAAAAGAUUGCAUCUUUGGUUGAUUUUACUUGUUUUUGAUUUGGAAAUCGAAUAUGGAUCAUAUGAUUGGUGGAAAGUUCAAGCUUGGUCGGAAGAUUGGCGGCGGAUCUUUUGGGGAGCUUUAUUUGGGAACAAAUGUUCAAACUGGAGAGGAAGUUGCCGUGAAGCUUGAACCAGUUAAAACUAAGCAUCCCCAGCUUCAUUAUGAGUCAAAGCUCUAUAUGCUUCUGCAGGGUGGAACUGGAAUUCCCCAUCUCAAGUGGUUUGGAGUUGAAGGAGAAUACAAUGCCAUGGUUAUUGACUUGCUUGGGCCGAGUUUGGAGGACUUAUUUAACUAUUGCAACAGAAAGUUUUCCUUGAAAACAGUUCUGAUGCUUGCCGAUCAAUUGCUUAAUAGGGUGGAGUAUAUGCACUCAAGAGGAUUUCUUCACCGUGAUAUAAAGCCGGACAACUUCUUAAUGGGUUUGGGCCGCAAGGCAAACCAGGUGUAUAUCAUUGACUAUGGUCUUGCCAAAAAGUUUAGAGACCUUCAAACUCAUAAGCACAUACCAUAUAGGGAAAACAAGAACUUAACAGGCACAGCUCGUUAUGCCAGCGUUAAUACUCAUCGUGGAAUUGAGCAAAGCAGAAGAGAUGAUUUGGAGUCUCUUGGCUAUGUGCUUAUGUAUUUCUUAAGGGGAAGCCUUCCAUGGCAAGGACUGAAAGCUGGUACCAAGAAGCAGAAAUAUGACAAGAUCAGUGAAAAGAAAAUGCUUACACCUGUUGAGGUGCUUUGCAAAUCUUAUCCAUCAGAAUUCAUAUCGUAUUUUCAUUAUUGUCGAUCACUGAGGUUCGAUGACAAGCCGGAUUACUCAUACCUCAAGAGACUUUUCCGUGAUCUUUUCAUUAGAGAAGGCUAUCAGUUUGACUAUGUGUUUGACUGGACCAUAUUGAAAUAUCCUCAGAUUGGUUCCAGCUCUAGAGGGCGACAACCAGUUGGCAGAUUGUCUUUGAACCCAGGAGCAACUGCAGAAAGAGCCGAGAAGACUCCAGUGAGGCAAGAAGGGAGGGAUAAGUUAUCUGGCGCAGUUGAGGCCUUUGCUCGAAGGAAUAACUCUGGCACCGGUUUGCACGGUGGCGAUUAUUCAAGGCACAAAACUUCAGAGGAUAUCCCUUCUUCCAAAGAUAUGUUAGCUGACACUGAUAGAGGCGGGCGCGUGUCACGGACGGGUAGCACUUCAAGGAGGGGGAUGGUGUCAAGUAGCAGGCCAAGCUCAUCGGGCGAGCCCAACAAUGACAGCCGUGCUGGACGGGUGGGGUCCAGCAGCGGGCGUCUAACCUCCUCCUCCCAUAGAUUGCACCACCAUGCCGCCCUCGACUCCUCCAAAUCAUCGUCUUUCACUAGAUCCGGGCCCACCACUAGAGGCGGUGGCGUGCGCGAUGAAACCCUCCGAAGCUUCGAGCUCCUCACCAUUGGCACCGGGCGAAGGAAAUAAAAGCCCGAACUCGUUCCCGGAUGGACGGACGUUUGCCCGAGUUUCACGGGGGGAAGCUGCGUGGGCGACGGUCGGUCGCCCGGAUUUCAAGAACCAUAAAAAACCAUUUAUCUCCUUCCCACACAAUUCAUUCCCUUCAAUGUAAAAUUUACCAGAAGUGGGUAAAAAUGUCAGUCCAUGGAAAAUCUUUGUUGAAAAGAGAACAAUUUUUUUAAAAAAGUGUCAAUGUUUGGACUAUAUGUAUCCUUGUACUACUAGUACAUGCCUAAUGCUGGAAACUGCUGUACUAUUUAUGUGAGAAUUUUG